AUGGGCGUCAGCGUCAGCGAAGCGCAGCGCUCCCUGCUGGCUCAUCUGCGGAAGUGGCUGCGGGCAGACAGACUCUACGACGAGAAGAAAUGGGGGGCGGCGCGGCUGAUGGGGGACAAGAAGAAGUGGCUAGCCGUGUAUGACAUCUUGAAGACCAGCCACGUGUACAGCUGCAGCCUUAGCGACUAUCGGGGACUGAAACAUCUCAUCCAGAAGCUCUCCCGGUCGGAGCGCUUACCCGACAGCAGUAGCCUCGAAGCGCUUCUGCUCUUGCGCUGUGCUUGGACUCUAGCGGAUAUCUUCGACGAGAAGGCGGACAGAUUCAAGCUCUGGGCGAAGCUGGCCUAUGCCGCCUUGCUGAUAAUGGGCGUCAUUGUUGUCUUCUUCACCACCGCAGAGUGGACAGCCGACCUGUCCACCGACACGAAGAAGUUCGUCGUCCUGGGCCUCGGCCUGGGAUCGAGUAGCCUGGCGGCUUGGGUGACGUUCACGGACCCGGGGAAGAAGUGGCUGAAGCUCCGAGCGGGGUCAGAGAUGCUACAGGCUGAGAUAUGGCGCUUCAGGACUCGCGUCGGAUCCUACGCGAACAACGACCUGACGCACUUCAACGUUGGGAGGGCUGAGGCGGAACGCCGUGCCGAGCAGCUUUUCCAGAAGAAGAUCUUCCUGGUGGCAGACACCGUGUUGGGUGCCAAAGUCCUCGUCUCCGCGAACACGACGACCGAUGACGUGUGUAUUCGGUUCGAGGGCACGCGCCAGCACCUCGAAACAAUGAUCCACGAGAGGCUGCGCCUGCAUCGGUUGACCUCUGCGCAUUUCAGGCACAAGCAGUACCAGAAGGGGCAAAAGUCGGAAGCACCUCCGACGGGGAAGGACAGUCACCAUGCACCGGCGAGCCCGGACGAUUACAUCACUUGGCGACUGAGUCCGCUCCUGAAGUUCUACCAGGAUCGAAUUCCUGUCUACAUGUGGCGGCGCCUCAUCAUCCAAGCCCUCUUCAUGAUCGCCACGGCCCUCACCGCCGUCCUCUCUGCAGCGGAUCAAACGAACUGGACAGCGAUCGUCGUGAGCAUCUCAAGCGCCCUGGGGUCGUGGCAGGAGUUCACGUGCGUGGACAAGAAGCUUGAGCGAUAUGGCACGGUGGUGGCCACGCUCCACAACCUGAUGCCAGGCUGA